AUGGUUGAUUCUUUUACACCAGCCAUGCCUGUAUCUCCAUCUCUAGCCGGUGGAGAAAAGAAGCACUGGUGGCUGAGCAACAGAAAGAUUGUAGAUAAAUAUGUGAAAGACGCACGAGUCCUCAUUGCGACUCAAGAACAGAGCGAGAUUGCUUCGGCCCUUAACCUUCUAGAUGCGGCUCUGUGUCUCUCGCCUCGGUUUGAGGUCGCUCUAGAGUUAAAAGCUAGGUCAUUGCUUUAUCUCCGGCGAUUCAAAGACGUUGCUGAUAUGUUACAAGACUACAUUCCGAGUUUCAAAAUGGCCUCCGACGAUUCGUUGUCUUCACUAUCGUCCGAUAACUCGUCUAAUCAGCUCUCGAGAGAGCGAGUCAGGCUUCUCUCCUCCGGUGGUGGUGUCUCACCGGGUCGCGAUGAGCCCAGUUUCAAAUGCUUCUCUGUUUCAGAUUUGAAAAAGAAGGUCAUGGCUGGUCUCUACAAAAACUGUGAAAAAGAAGGGCAGUGGAGGUAUGUGAUUCUGGGUCAAGCUUGUUGCCAUUUGGGUUUAAUGGAGGACGCAAUGGUACUCCUCCAGACCGGAAAACGACUCGUAACCGCUGCGUUCCGCCGGGAAAGUAUUUGCUGGUCGGACGACAGCUUUUCCUUCACCAAGUUCCCACUCUCCGGCGAACUAACAGUCAAUAAUAACCACCAGCCUCAGACGCAAACCCCUCCAAGGACACAGUCUGAGAGCAUUUCCCAACUCCUCAGCCACAUCAAGCUCCUUCUCCGCCGGAAGACCGCCGCCAUCGCUGCACUCGACGCUGGUCUCUACUCCGAAGCAAUCAGACACUUCUCCAAGGUCGUCAAUGGCCGCCGAGGAGCCCCCCAGGGUUUUCUUGCUGAAUGUUACAUGCACAGAGCUUCGGCUUACAAAUCCGCUGGUCGAAUUGCGGAGUCUAUAGCGGAUUGUAAUCGAACUCUCGCUUUAGACCCAUCUUGUAUUGAAGCCCUCAAUACUCGAGCUUCUCUGUUUGAAACCAUUAGGUGCUUGCCCGAUUGCCUCCAUGACUUGGAGCACUUGAAACUUUUGUACAAUUCCAUUUUACGUGACCGAAAAUUUCCUGGUUCGGCUUGGAAACGUCAAAAUGUGAUGUACAGAGAAAUUCCGGGCAAGCUAUGUUGUCUGACAAACAAAAUUCAAGAAUUGAAGCAAAGGGUUGCCUCAGGGGAGCUUAGGAAUGUGGACUAUUACGCUUUGAUUGGACUAAGACGAGGGUGUUCGAGAUCCGAAUUGGAGAGAGCUCAUUUGCUGCUCACUUUGAGACACAAACCUGAUAAGGCCAUCAGUUUUAUCGAUAGUUGUGAGUUUGCGGAUGAGCGGAAUGUAGAAUCGGUUAGGGACAGAGCAAAGAUGUCUGCAUUGUUGUUGUAUAGAUUGGUUCAGAAGGGUUAUACAAGUUUAAUGUCCACAAUCGUGGACGAGGAAGCGGCAGAGAAGCAGAGAAAGAAAGCUGCCGCUGCAUUGCAAGCAGCACAAGCCAUGCAAGUUCAGCAAACAAUCUCUGUCUCAACAGAGGCAGCGUUUCAAGGUGUGUUCUGUAGAGACCUUGCAGUUGUUGGAAAUUUGCUAUCUCAAUCUGGGUUCAGUCGUCCAAUUCCAGUGAAAUAUGAGGCAUUGAGCUGUUAACGACGAGGAUGAGGAUGAGGAUGAUUAAUGCUAAUAACCACAGUAAACCAAACCAUGAGGGUUUGAAGUUCUUCCGAUGAUGUACACCGGCGUGGAAAUCCGAUUCUUGUCCUAUGUUUGUACAGAAGGAAAAUUAACUAUUGCCAGUGCCGGGAAAAUUGCCCCUCAUUUUCAUUUUCUUUCACUGUUUCUUGCUCCUCGUUCUACUUCUAUCUACCUACAUGUACAGAGUUGAUUCAGUACCCAGUUUCU